AUGGCUGGUCCGUCCUCAGCCGAUUCCUCCUCUGCCAGUGCUCUUCGAUCCACCGAGGCGACACCAUGGCUAAGGGUUUUCCGUUCCUGGAUGCCACGGAGGGUGUUCACCAGCCAAUCGAAUCGCCGGGAGAUGCAAUGCCAGAAGGAGCUGGAGAAUCUCAGGCGAUGGUUCCAGAAAACGCAUCAGGAGCUUCGAAUUGGACCAGGUCGUCAAGCCGAUCCUGCUGGCUUGGAGUCCCACCGAAGCACACCUGCUGCUUCGGAUCCGCACCAAACCAAGCGUGCUGCUUCCGAAAGGUCCUUCAGGCUGGGUGACUCCUGGUCCCUGCGGGGCCUGGAAGGGGGGUUCAGUCGGGAUGGGAAUGGUGAAUUGGGCAAGGAGAAUGACGGAGGGCGUGAAAAACAGGUGGAGAAGAAGGGUGAGAAAGGGAGGGUAAAGAGCAUGGGCUUUAAAGGGGAUAGGAAUGUGCAGGAGGACAAGGAAGCCCGGGUGAGAAGGAGAUUAGCAGAACGACGCCAGACCCGCGCCAGGCUUGCAGACUGCGUGCCGUGCACGAGUGAUAACGAUGGAGAAGACUCGAAGCUCCAGGGAUUUCAGUCAGGACAGGGCGGUGAGAGGGACGAGAAUGCAGGAGGAGGAGAUUCUGGGAGUGAGUUGGAGGGGUCGAGGAAGCUUCUGCAGGAAUCUGCGCCAUGCUGUGACCCGCUGGUGCUGAAGCUUAGGGUGCAGACAGCGGAUCUGGAGAGGCGUAUGGGGCAGAUUGCAGAGAAACAGGUGAGUUUUGAUGAACAGGUGAGGUUUGAUGAACAGGCGGAGAGCAAGAGGGUGAGCCGAGAGAAGUACGUGCUGAACAAGAAGCUGAGCAGAGCUGAUGCCAAUUGGGAAGCAUUGUUUCUAUCGAACCAGUCGAUGCACGAGGCACAGAUGACAGUGCAGCGGUGCAACGGGCAUGGCAUUGUGGCACAGCAGGGGACACUGGUGUGGAAGGGCUACACGUGUGAUGCACCGGACGAGGCUCUCACGCAAUACACGACAUACGAUGCCAGUGGGGCGUGCCCUGACGACUGGUUCCCCCACCCAGCGCUCACCUUCCACCACCACUGCUUCCUGAUUCCGCCACCCCUUCUCAUCUUUCCUGCUUCCCAAUCCCUUGUUCUCCCCCCUCUUCCACCCCCCAGGGCUACACAUGGCUACACGUGUGAUGCAUCAGACGAGGCUCUAACGCAAUACACAUCGUAUGAUGCCAGUGGGGCGUGGCCUGACGACUGGUUCCCCACCCAGUCGCUCAUCUUCCACCACCGCUGCUUCCAGGGCUACACGUGUGAUGCAUCAGACGAGGCUCUCACGCAAUACACGACAUACGAUGCCAGUGGGGCGUGUCCUGACGACUGGUUCCCCACCCAGUCGCUCAUCUUCCACCACCGCUGCUUCCAGGGCUACACGUGUGAUGCAGCAGACGAGGCUCUCACGCAAUACACGACAUACGACGCCAGUGGGGCGUGUCCUGAUGACUGGUUCCCCACCCAGGCCCUCAUCUUCCACCACCACUGCCAGCUGAUUCCACCACCCCUUCCCCUCUUCUGCUCCCCUCCUCCCCAGGGCUACACGUGUGAUGCAUCAGACGAGGCUCUCAGGCAAUACACAACAUACGACGCCAGUGGGGCGUGUCCUGAUGACUGGUUCCCCACCCAGGCCCUCAUCUUCCACCACCACUGCCAGCUGAUUCCACCACCCCUUCCCCUCUUCUGCUCCCCUCCUCCCCAGGGCUACACGUGUGAUGCAGCAGACGAGGCUCUCACGCAAUACACGACAUACGAUGCCAGUGGGGCGUGCCCUGACGACUGGUUUGCCACCAGUCCCUCAUCUUCCACCAUCGCUGCUUCUCCCUGCCGCAACCCGCUGCCGCGCCCGCACCACCAACCAAACCAUCAAUCCACUGCCCUUCCCCCAGGCGCUAUUCAAUCUGAGCGCCCUAAUAGACACAGCCCUGGUGUGGGACCACCACGCCUGCUCCUCCUUCGCCUGCCUCAACGCCCGCUCGGUUUGGACAUUGGAGGUGGCACAGGAAGCUUUGCGGCGCACAUGGGCCUCUACAAUGUGACCAUCCUCACCACGUGCCGCCCCUUCCUUGCACUCUUCACCCCACCUCCAUCCAUUCUGCUCGGUUUGGACAUUGGAGGUGGCACAGGAAGCUUUGCGGCGCACAUGGCCCUCUACAAUGUGACCAUCCUCACCACGGCCAUGAACGUGGAGACCGUGGUGGGGCGCAAGCAGGGGCUUCCAUACAUGGAGGCCAUAGCUUUAAGGGGACUCAUUCCCCUGCACCUGCCACACAAGAGCCUUGCGACCAUCCUCACCACGGCGAUGAACGUGGAGACAGUGGUGGGGCGCAAGCAGGGGUGGCCUGCCAUACAUGGUGAUCGAGGCGAUAGCUUUAAGAGGGUUGAUCCCCCUGCACCUUCCACACAAGCGUCAUCACUGCCCAUCCUCAUGACCAUCCUCCCCACGGCCAUGAACGUGGAGACUGUGGUGGGGCGCAAGCAUGGGCUGCCAUGCAUGGAGGCGAUUGCCUUGAGAGGGCUCAUCGAUCUCCAUUUGCUACACAAGGUAGAUGUGCUGUUGUCUCCUUCCCUCUCCUCUCCUCAUUUCCCCUCUCUCCCUGUCCUCCCAUCAGCUUUUGAGUCGACUCAAAAGCAGAUGUGCUGUUCUUUUGUCUUCCCUUUCGACUCAAAAGCCCUCUCUCCCUGUCCUCCCAUCAGGCCCGCCUACCCUUCUUUGACGGCUCAUCAGGCAUCAUUCACAGCGUCAACAGCGUCAAGUGGCCCUCUUUCCUUCCUCCUUCCUCCCUGCUCUCUGUGUCUCUUAUCAGGCUCGUCUACCCUUCUUCAACGGCGAGUUGGACAUCAUUCACAGCGUCAACAGCGUCAAGUACCAUCUCCCUCUCUCCAUGAUCCAUCCCCCCUCCUACCAUUCCCUCUCUCGCUCGUUCCCCCUCAUCAGGCCCGCCUGCCCUUCUUUGACGGCGCAUUGGACAUCAUUCACAGCGUCAACAGUGUCAAGUACCUGCCCAUGCUGGAGUUUGAAGAGAUGCUCUUUGACAUCAACAGCGUCAAGUACCUGCCCGUGGUGGAGUUUGAAGAGAUGCUCUUCGAGUGGGACCGUGUGUUACGAGUUGGUGAGUCUUUACAUCGUGUCAACAGCGUCAAGUACCUGCCCAUGCUGGAGUUUGAAGAGCUUCUCUUCGUGUGGGACCGCGUGCUAAGAGUCCGUGGUGUGAUCUGGCUGGAGAUGUUUUACGCCCCUCUGGACGAGUUUCCGGUCUAUGUGGCUAUCCUCAAUCUCCUCGGCUAUAACCACCUGCACUGGCGUGUGCUGCCCUCCCCUUCCCUCCCCUGCCCUCCCCCACCUUCAGGUGGUGUGAUCUGGCUGGAGAUGUUUUACGCCCCUCUGGACGAGUUUCCGGUCUAUGUCGCCAUCCUCAACCUCCUCAGCUACAACCGCCUGCACUGGCGUGUGCUGCCCAAACCAGACCCGGGGGAACGCAAAGGGCCUCAUGUGUACCUGAACUGCCUGCUGGAGAAGCCGGUUAGACGAGAAGAGGGGUGGGUGGAGGCUGGGAGGGAUGAAGGGCGAGGAGAGGAGGAGGGGGGGAGAGAAGUUGGGGGGAGGGAAGGGGGGACGAGUGAGGAGACGGGAGGGAAGGAGGAGGGAAUGGAGAGAGAAGUGGGGGGAAGGGAGGAAGGAGGAAGAAGAGAGGAGGGGAGAAGAGAGGGUUCGAGUAAUCAUCGUUCAGAGGGAGACGUUGAGAAAGGAAGGAGGAUUGAAGGGGAAGGCAUAGGAGAAGGAAGCAGGCAAUGGGGGGCUGAGGAGGACAGAAAAAGGGAUGAGAGGAAUGGGAAGAUGGAGAGGAAGGAGGAGGAGAGGAAAGAAGAGGCGGUGAAGGAAGAUUCAAAUAGAACUGAAGAGCGUGGAAGAGAGGAAGAGAGGAGAGAGGAGAGAAGAGAAAGGAGAAGAGAAUAUGGGAGUGAAGAGUGGAAUGAAGAGGUGGUUGAAGAGGCGGGGACGAGCAUAGAGAAAUUUGCAAGAGAGUGGUACAGGGAGGAAGAGGGAAGCAGAGAAACAGAGGGAAGCAGGGAAAAUGGCGGAAGCAGGGAGCAAGGGGCAGCCAGGGAGGACGAGAUUCAAACUGCCAAAGAAAAGGAGGAACGGCCGUCGUGGUGUGAGGAGGAUUAUACGGAUGGAGGGAGAGGAAGGCGUGGUGCCGGUGGUUCGGAAGAUGACUCUGGCUGGGGGAAGGAGCUCUUCGGAGUUCAUCGAACACCCAAGGAUGGAGCAUCCAAGGUCAUCGUGGUUUUUGAGAAGUCUCAAAAGAGGAAGAGUGCAAGGGAUGGAGGGAGAGGAAGGCGUGGUGGCGGUGGUUCGGAAGAUGACUCUGGCUUUGGGAAGAAGCCCUUCAGAGUUCAUCGAACAUCCAAGGAUGGAGCAUCCAAGGUCAUCGUGGUUUUUGAGAAGUCUCAAAAGAGGAAGAGUGCAAGGGAUGGAGGGAGAGGAAGGCGUGGUGGCGGUGGUUCGGAAGAUGACUCUGGCUUUGGGAAGAAGCCCUUCAGAGUUCAUCGAACAUCCAAGGAUGGAGCAUCCAAGGUCAUCGUGGUUUUUGAGAAGUCUCAAAAGAGGAAGAGUGCAAGGGAUGGAGGGAGAGGAAGGCGUGGUGGCGGUGGUUCGGAAGAUGACUCUGGCUUUGGGAAGAAGCCCUUCAGAGUUCAUCGAACAUCCAAGGAUGGAGCAUCCAAGGUCAUCGUGGUUUUUGAGAAGUCUCAAAAGAGGAAGAGUGCAAGGGAUAGAGGGAGAGGAAGGAGUGGUGGCGGUGGUUCGGAAGAUGACUCUGGCUGGGGGAAGGAGCUCUUCGGAGUUCGUUGA